AUGUGUCUGGGGUCUCCACGUCACCCAGAGACUUUCAACAGGGCACCUUUCCAGCAGGUGAGAAAUGGAAUGAUUCCCAUUCCUAAUGUGAGUCUUCCCAAUGGUUCAGCUUCAGCUUCUAGAGUCACUGUCAUCCAGUGUCACGUGAAUAGGGUGAGACGGUGGCCUUUGCUGGGCCAGCCCCAGCCCCUCUGCCCUCCUGCUGCUGUGAGUUGGCUGGCAAUUUACAGCUGCCCCCGUUAUCCCGAGGGGACUCUCGGGGCUGCGGGACCCUCUGGUCUGCGGGACACUCUGGACUGGGGGACACUCUGGACUGGGGGACCCUCUGGGCUGCGGGACCCUCAGGGCUGGGGGACCCUCAGGGCUGCGGGACACUCUGGACUGGGGGACCCUCAGGGCUGCGGGACACUCUGGACUGGGGGACCCUCAGGGCUGCGGGACACUCUGGACUGGGGGACCCUCAGGGCUGCGGGACACUCUGGACUGGGGGACCCUCAGGGCUGCGGGACCCUCUGGGCUGCGGGACCCUCAGGGCUGCGGGACACUCUGGACUUGGGGACCCUCAGGGCUGCGGGACCCUCUGGGCUGGGGGACCCUCAGGGCUGCGGGACCCUCAGGGCUGCGGGACCCUCUGGACUGGGGGACACUCGACUGGGGGACCCUCAGGGCUGUGGGACCCUCUGGACUGGGGGACACUCUGGACUGGGGGACCCUCAGGGCUGUGGGACCCUCUGGACUGCUGACCCCUCACCCACACCCACCCUUUUCUGCCCCAUCUGCCCUCCGCGCAUAACCCGGGGGUACAACAGGCUCGCGAUGUGGCUUCAGUUGUGCUUCUGUGUCCCGGGGGCUUCCAACUGGGUCCUGCAGGAGCUGAGACAAUCUCCCUGCUUAGCUUUCAUCCUCCAGGCGUGUCCUGCUUCUUCCCGAGAGAAGCCUCUAAGAUAUGACUUGUACGGGAAUCAUGCGCUCUCUCCUCUCUCUGUCUCCCAGGCUGGAGUGCAGGCGCGAUCUGGGCUCACUGCAGCCUCCACCCCCUGGCUCAAGCCUCCCACCCCAGCCUCCCAAGUAGCUGGGAUUACAGGCCCUUUAUAGAAAACACUGAGGUUUUCCAAAGAAGGGGUGAUUCUGCUUCAAAAGUGCAACCCUGUCUGAGUUUCCAGCCUGCAAACACCAGAUUCAAAGCUGCUUCAAAACUGCAACCCUGUCUUAGUUUCCAGCCCGCAAACACCAGAUUCAAAGCUGCUUCAGAAUUGCAACCCUGCCUGAGUUUCCAGCCUGCAAACACCAGAUUCAAAGCUGCAGCAUCAACUCCUCCCUGAGUCUUCAGCCUGACAGGCUGCUCUACAGAUUUCAGAUUUGCCAGCCCCUACAAUUCUGUGAAUCAAGUCCUUAAAAUAAACAUUUCUCUCUAUAUUUAUGCAAAUGGAUAAAUGAUGGAUAGCUGUAGAUUUCACUACACAGAUAUAGAUAUAUAGAUCAAGGAGAUCUAUCUCCUAUUGAUUCAAUAAAUCUAUUGGUUUUGUUUCUUUGGAGAGCCCU